AUGAAUGCUCUGGGUGACAAAAGAUGGAAUUUCCCCACCAAGGAAACCGGGAGGAACUUAAUGUUCUUUUCUGAGAGAAAGAGGAUAGUGAUGAGAAGGCAGAGGAAGGAGGGUGAGGAAAUAGGGAGGGACAAGCAACCGGGAGCCGGAACCAGGCUGCAGAAAGGCCUCGAGAAGUUCAUCUGGAAAGAACAGGUGGGCGCCUGUCCAGCCUGGAGCCCUCACUGUGCGUUCCCUGCAUCACCCCCGCCAGGCAACUGGGAAGCCGGCCACAGGCACGGAUGCCUCUCGGUGGGGGGAGAGGAGGUGGGUUUUGAAGUCGAGGAGAAGCUUGCUAGGUUGGCAAACAGGACCGUCGCCGAGAGUGGUGAUAAGAUCGCUCUUGGCCCGGAGCAGGAAGCCAGGGCCAAUUGA